CGUGGAAUUUACGAGACUAGCUCGGUCUGUAGAUCCUUGUUAAUUACUGACAUUAAAAUGUCUUAAAUAUAGGCAACACAAAAGUCACAACCAAAAAAUAGAAACAUAACCUCAAUUAAUCAAAAGAACCAAAAUAAUGAAUUUAAACCAAUAAAAUAGAAAAAUUAUGUGCUAAUGAAAUGGAUACAGAAGCAAUAACUUUAUCAGAUAAAAUGUGUAGAACUUGUUUAAAAGAAGAAGCUCAAAAGAAUAUAUUUGACCUACAUAAGCCCUCUUCAACAGAUUAUGCCUCAAUUUUGAAGUCUUGUGUUUAUUUGGAGGUUAAUAAAGAAGAUGAUCUGCCAAAAAAUAUAUGUACAAAGUGUUUAAAAAUCCUCCUUGGAUUUCACAAAUUCAAAGUAACUGCAGUUGAAAAUGAAUAUAAGUUAAAGAGAGCUCUAGAACAUAAAUUAAGGGAGGAAGCUAAUCAACCCACUGUUUUUACAAUACAGUCUAUACAAGAAGUUAAAAUAGUUGAUGGGGAAAUUGAACAGGUUGAAAAUGAUGUGAUGCCACCUCUAGCCCAAACCUUUGAAGUUGUAUCAGCAGUCCUCAUAAACAACAAUCCCAAACCAGUACCUGACGCCCAACACGCAACACAGGAUGAACCUAAUGAGACUAUCAGUACCGACGAUCUUACUUUUGUAACAGAUUCAGAUUCAUCAGAUUCGGACAGAGAAAAUUCCAAGUCUGAUCUAGAAGAUACUUUCAAAAUAAAACCUGGUGUCAAAUGCACUGAAUGCGGAAAGAUAUUAAGCUCUAAAAGGAAUCUAAAUCAACAUAUGACAGUACAUACCAAAAAGAAACCGUACAGUUGCAAUAUUUGUGAUAAAAAGUUUACUAGAGCAGAGCAUGUAUUGAUACAUAAGAGGAUACACACAGGAGAGCGUCCACACAAGUGCCUCAUCUGUAAGAAGACAUUUAUCCAGUAUGCUACAUUGAAAGCCCAUUUAGGAACCCACAGUAACGAAAAGCCACACAUGUGCACAGUCUGUGGUAAAUCUUUUAAACAAUCAGCAUCCUUAUCAACACAUAGUAGAAUACAUACGGGAGAAAUUCCAUAUGUGUGUGAGCUGUGUGGAAAAGGAUUCAGAACUGCAGGAACACUGAGCAUACACAUGAGGUUCCACAGCAAGGAACGACCUUUCAUCUGCAUUCAAUGCGACAAAACAUUCGUGACCAGUUCUCAUCUACGAGUUCACCACAAAUCCCAUACUGGAGAAAAACCACACAAGUGCAUCAUUUGUUACAAAGCAUUUGCGAGGAGUGAGCAUUUGAAGUCUCAUUUGGUAAUUCAUAGCGGUAGGAAACCGUAUCAAUGCAAGCUGUGUCCAAAAAAGUAUACUCAAAGUAGUCACCUGAGAAGGCACGCCAAAGCCGUACAUGAGAGCAAAGGUACCAUAGAAGGAUCCAAGGGGGACACGGGGAUAUUCGUUUAUGAUUGAUAGAUUUUCUGAUAGAAAUUGAUAAGAUUAAAAUAGUAUGUAUUUUAUAUUAACUUUAAAAUAAAUAGGGUUUUCGUUUCUUCGAAGUUCUCGAGUACUGAGGUCUCGAUUCUUGAAAAUAUUGGAUUCUGUCCAUUGUUAAUCACAACCAACUCGAUAUUUAAAAGUAAUAAAGAGAGUAUUUAUUAUGUGUUAUAGUGUAAAUUGUAAAUAUGUAUUUAGAAAUAUAUUAUAUAUAAAUAUUUAUCUAAUAAAUGGGACAUAAUUGUGCAAA